AUGUCUUCUGAUUCUUGUAAUUCCGCCUUGUUCCCCCUUGCACCAUUGGAAAGAUGGAUUCAGUUCACUCAGACCGAGAUCAUUGGCAUCAGAGGAGAUUUGGAGCAGACAAAAUCCUCCAUGCAAGCUGCUCAGACCAUUCAGAUUCAACAGAUUACUUCUUUGCAGGCUCAACUGGAUGAUCUAAAACGGGCCAAUCAAGAAACACGAGAUCGUCUUCACCUUUUCCGAGCUGAAGUGAGUGAUUGUAUGUCUGCGCUGCAAUUUCGUGUAGACAAUCUUGAACGAUCCAACCGGACAUUUCUAGAUGAUGUCGCACUUUUAGGACAGCGUUUGAACGAGAUCAUUGCUCUUACCAAGAAUCUUUGUGAAGAGCUACAUCAGAACUUUCCCAAUUCGACUAGUUUGAGCGAUCUGGAUGCAAUUAGGAUCAAAGAAGCCAGCCUCCUGCAGCGCCUGUCCUGGCACAUGAUGGAAUGGGCGCAGCAGAAUCCUGAAGGCGUCUGCUCACUGCCUACCGGCAAGACGCCUGAGUAUUUCAUCAAGUGGGUCCAGCGGAUCCUGCAAAACUGGGGCUCCGAUCCCAUCCAGAAAGAGGUGAAGAAGUACGGGCUCCAGCCCGAGAAGCCGAAUCUGGGAAAGCUGACUUUUGUGCAGAUCGAUGAGUUCUAUCCCAUCUCCCCAGAGCAGCACAACAGCUUCUAUCACUACGUGAGCGAGUACUACAUCAAGGGCUUCGGCCUGGACCCACAGCGGGCGCUGCUAAUGGACUGCUCCAAGAUCGGCCUGGAUCUUCGGGAGCCCGGCUAUGGUCCGACUGGCGAGCCGCGAGACUACGUGAAGCAGGCACUGUCCAUGGCCGACGUGUGGCCCACUGGUGAGGUGGACCUGAGCCUCCGCACGCGCGACCCAACGACGCGGCAAGAGCUGCUCCAACAGCGCGUCCUGCGCCAGGUUGACCAGUGGUGCUCGGAGUACGAGGCAAAGAUUCGCGCCCUGGGAGGUAUCGGCUUCUUCAUGGGUGGCAUUGGCCCCGACGGGCAUGUGGCCUUUAACUGCCAAGGUUGCGACCAUUUCGCCACUACGCGGCUGGAUCAGCUCAACUACGCUUCCCAAGCCGCCGCAGCCGGUGAUCUGGGCGGCAUCGAGACUGUGCGCAGACGCAAGGUGAUCACCAUCGGCCUCGGCACCAUCACCUACAACCCGAGCUGUGUGGCCCUGAUCUGCGCGGCGGGGGAGGCCAAAGCGCAGGUUGUGCGGAACGCCGUGCAAGAGCCAGCGCACGUGAACUUCCCGGCCACUGCGCUGCAUCAGCUUCCUUCGGCGGCCUUCUUCGUCACCACCGGCGCGGCAAAGCUACUGGAUCGGCGUCAGCUGCAGCUCGUGGAGAGGAUGCCAAGCAUCAGCCCCAGCGUCAUCGAGCGCGUGCUGGUCUCGCUGUCCGGACUCCGGCGGAAGAAGCUUCUUGACCUCUCUGAAGAGGACCUCGAAGCGUGUCCGCUGGCUCGUUGUGCCGUGCGGCGGGCCGGGCGCCCGCUGGCUACCCUGGCCGAGGAGGUUCGGCAGUCGCUGAUCAGCAAAAUCGAGCAGGGAUGUCGCGUGAGAGAGAACACCAAGUUCUUGCACACAGAGCCUCACCAUGACGACAUCAUGCUGGGCUACCUCCCAGCAGUUAUGCGCAACACGCGGGUGGCCUCCAAUCGACACCACUUUGUCUGCGCCACCAGCGGCUUCAACUCGGUUUCGAACACCCACAUGCUGAAGAUGUUGGCACGCGUGGAGAGUUUCCUGUCCACGCCGACGUUUGAGCGCCUGGCCAAGGAGGGCUAUUUUGGACCAUCCUCCCUGGACUUCCGCCGGCGCGAUGUGUGGAAGUUCCUUGAUGGCAUCGCGGCUGCCGACGACGAGCUGCGGGAUGAGGGCGCUGCUAGGAGGCUAGUCUACAACCUGUCUGUCAUCUUCGGGGAUUCCGCCGGUACUGGCGACGCGAGCAAGCUCAUGGAGCGGGUGGCCACCUUGAAGAGUUACUUCUCCAAGCAGUACGCUGGGCAGAAGGAUGUGAAAGAGGUCCAGAUCCUCAAAGGGGCCUGCCGGGAGUUCGAGGCUGAGUGUGUCUGGGGCUACAUUGGCUGGCAGCUGCCGCACAUCUCACACCUACGACUUGGUUUCUACACGGCCGACAUCUUUGCACCGGAGCCCACGCAGCAGCGCGACGUGCUUCCGAUUCUGAAGCUCCUGCGGGAAGUGGAGCCAGAUGUGGUCAGUGUGGCUCUAGACCCCGAAGCGUCGGGUCCAGACACCCAUUACAAGGUGCUGCAGGCCGCCACGGCUGGCCUGCAGCAGUAUGCCGAGGAGACCGGUCGCCAGGACAUCACUGUAUGGGGUUACCGCAAUGUGUGGUUCCGUUUCGAGCCGCACGAGGUCUUUUCUUCUUUGAUUCACAUCCAGCUUUGCAGCAGUCAGUGCAAAGUGGCGCUCAAGGCCUCUAUUUUGGACGAUGACGACGACGAAGAUGGUGACUCGCCCCGAAACGAGUGGUCAGCUGCAGUCAGCACCCAGCGAUGUUUUCCUUGCUUGAGGUCGCGCCCUUCCAUCUCAGUUCGAGUCUGUUUCCCGAAGCUCCACACAGGUGUGCCACCAGACGUGGACACAGUUGCUGCGAUCGCUGAGCCUCACGCGGAGGCAGAAGAAGCAAGCGAAGAACAGGAAGAAGGCAUGGUGGUUGUGUCUGGCAUUCUAGAAGCUGCUAAGGGUCGAGUUUACUCGACACGGGAGAGACGUCCAGUCUGA